AUGUGUAAAGGGAUGAAAGAGCUGAAGGUUUUAGCAUUGGUAGACAUGGGUGGGAUAUCAGCCUUGCCGAGGUCACUAGGACUACUGAAGAGCCUUCGAACCUUGUCCCUAAAUGGUUGUUAUGAUUUAAUAGAUAUAUCUGAUGCUAUUGGAAGAUUGGAAAAUUUAGAGAUCCUCAGCUUUCGUAAAUGCUCUAGAAUCUUAGAGUUGCCGAAGGAAAUUGGACUUCUUAAACAUUUAAGGUUGUUAGAUAUCACGGAUUGUGAUCGUCUUGAGAAGAUUCCACAUGGUCUCUUAUCGAGCUUAUCUAGUCUUGAAGAGUUGUAUAUGGAAAAUAGUUUUCGCAAAUGGGAACAAUCAGCUACAGAAAGCGAAGAUAAGAGGAUGGCAAGCCUUGUUGAGGUGAUGUCUUUGUCUAAUCAUUUGAAGGUUUUAGUCAUAGAGAUACCCGAUUUCAACUUCUUUCCAAAAGACUUUUACUUGACAAGCCGGGCAACAAUAAGAUUCCACAUAUCCAACAGAAUUCAUGGAGAGCUUUUUGGAGGUCAAUCAAGUACUGGUUGUUAUGCAUUCGAAAAUAAGUUGGAGAUUUUUCGAAGUGAUGCAACGGAAUUCAUGGAGAUUCAAAUUGUUCGUGUCUUAUUUAAGAAAUGUGAAGAUUUAAUCUUGGGAAGGAUUAAGAAUUUAAAGUAUGUCCUCAAUGAAUUAGACCAAGAGGGAUUGCAACACUUAAAAGUUUUAAGAAUUCAGGACUGCCCUGAGAUAGAAUACCUUGUAAAUGGAGCAAGUUGGACUCAACAAACAGCCUUCCCUCUCAUCCAAUCAAUCCUACUCGUGUCGAUGCCCAAGCUAAAAGCAAUAUGCCACGACCAACUUCCACAGAGCUCUUUUAUCAACUUAAGAUCUCUUGAAUUACUAUAUUGCCCUGUUUUAAAAUAUGUAUUUUCUCUAUCAGUAGCAAGCAACUUGGUUCAACUCCAAAGCUUAAGUGUUGCCAUUUGUCCCCAAAUGAAAGAAAUCGUCUCAAAGGAGGGGAGGGAACAUGAGACGGCAUCGGACAUCGUAGCUUUCCCUAAAUUAACAAAGUUGACAUUCGAAGAUCUAUCUGAUGAAUUUGUUGGUUUCUACGAAGCCAACAAUGAGGUAACGGAUGGGUCUAAGGAUCAAAAUGUGGUAGGAACUUCAUAUGAUGAGCAUCAACCUUCUAGAAGCUUUGAAAGAGCAGUAUUUCCAUCAAAGUGCAUUUUAUGGUUACAAAAUCUAGAAGAAGUGAAACUACGAGAGGCCAAUGUAGAUGUGUUCUUUGAUCUGAAAGGCCAUAUGGUUAGGGAUGGGCAGGCAGUUCCAGCAUUUUCUCAUUUACAAAAUUUGUACAUAUGGGAUUCUACAUGUCAACACCUUUGGAAGAACAUUCCGCGUGGAUUCCAGGGCUUCCAAAACUUAAGAUAUUUUAAAAUAGGAGGUGCUGAUGAUCUCCAAUAUGUGUUCCCACAUUCAAUUGCCAGGCUACUUGUGAAUCUUGAAGAGCUCCAUAGAGGGACUGCAACAAAAUGGAAACUAUAG